UGCCACCACACCUAGAUAUGUGCGGUGUGAAAACACUGUUUUCAGCAUUUUCAAAAUGCAUAAGCUACCAAAACAUAGUUUUGCCCAGACAGUCUAGGAGCGUUGUCAAAACAAUACCGCACCAAAUAAACAGCCCCAAUCGAACCUUAAAUCAGUUAAAACCAAGUUGUGUCCGGACGUCAACCAACGUCCACGCAACUCGAAGUCCUGGCGAUGGAGUUAAUAAACUCUCAUUCCAGAGAGUUUGGAAUCUCUUGCUGCAUGAGUUAGAAAUCGCAAAUGACAAGGAAGAUGAGACUGCCGUCGCCGGAAAAAGCUCCGAUGAUAAAGAAGAUGAGGAGAAACAAGAGGAGAGAGAAGUCGAAGCGACGGGUAUGAUGAAAUGCAAGAAGAUUACCGGCGAAGAAUGGCUGUGCAAACUCAAAGAGCUCAGCUCCUAUCGCGCUCUGUUGGGAUAAUCGAUCUCCGGCAACCAGAGAU